AAGGAGGGAGCAGUCAGUUUGCUUUAUGGGUGGCAUUCUUUGAAAUCUACAACGAGUACGUCUACGAUCUCAUUCAACCGUCUUUUUGCUCCAAAUCCAAGAAACGUGCCGCUCUUCGUGUUUGUGAUGACGGCGCUGGCAACGCUUACGUUAAAGAUCUUCGAUGGAUCAACAUCCAGAGUUUGUCCGAAGCCGGCAAACUGCUGCAAUUUGGCAACAAAAACCGAAGUGCUGUAGCCACCAAGAUGAACCAGUCCUCCAGCAGAAGCCACAGCAUAUUUACCAUGAAACUGCUGAAGAUGGAUGGAAACAAAGCUCAAAGGAUGUCAGAGUAA